AUGGGCCCUACAGUCGUUGAGGGUCUCUACGCCAUGUCUAUUAUGAUUAUUGCGAGAGGUCUUACUGAGCCAGAAUUUGAUCUUGACCAAUACUUGUGCGUAUUCGUUCGAGAUGAGCUCAUUUCGUGGUACACUCAACAACACAGACCCAGUGUGCAAGACCAGCAAUUACGGGAGAUUGUUAGAGUCAAUGUUGAAGCUAUUGUCAAACGAGCUACCUCGUUGGCACAAGUUGGACAAGGUAAUAUACCUGCCAACCAAACUGUCAUUGAUCUGAUCUCACAAGCAGUCAACCCAAGACACCUUGCACUAACGGAUAAUCUCUGGAUGCCCUAUUUUUAA